ACAAUAACAGGAAUACACGUCCAAGCCCCACUGGUUCACAGGGGUGUUCGAGAAGAACUGUCUCAGCCUCCCACUGUGGUCUCUGUGGGGACUGUAAAUACAUGUCCCCUCACAAGAAGACACUGGUUAAGAAGGAGCAGAAAAGCUGUAGCCCAGGACCAGAGCUGUCUGCAGAUGAGUUCAAGAUUAAUAAAGGAAACCCAGUCACUGAUGCCUCUAAGGAGACUGUCAUAUGGGUGGACCAGUACGCAAAGGUAACACUUUGUGACAUAGCCCAAAAAUGUGAUCCAUGCAGUCACAAUUGUGGCUAUGUGUUACCGGAUGUUCUCAAGAACAAGGUUGUGCAUUGCUUCAAACAUGACGUGACAGAUGUUCAGGAGGACCCUGGACCACGUUAUGACCUCAUUGGAGCAGAGAUUUCCAGAAAGAAAAGAAAAAAGCUUGGGUAUAGCUUUACAAAAGGAAGCAUGCCUUCCACCCCUGACUCAGAAAACAUUAGUUGCAAUAACACAGCAAGAACUCUCUUUAUAGACGAAGAGAAAACAUGUUCUGGGGUGUCUGGUAACAGUCAGUCAGGUCAAGAACUCACAUUUGGGAGCUGCAGCACUCACACUUCAACUACGAAAGAAAACUGCGUCCAUGAAAAACAUUGGGUUCAGAUAGACAAACCCAGAGAAACUGACGCAGCACAAAUGUCAUCAGAACUGUUCUGUCCGACUAACAAGGUGGAUGCAGAUGAACCAGAUUCAUUCACCUGCCAGAGAGUGAGGGUCUAUAACAGAAAAAUUAAAUUUUCUUGUGCACGGACAUACAUGUCUUGGCCCUUCUCUAACACAAGCCGUACCCUUACAGCAAAUACUGGCACUGCAGCUAGAAACAACAGUGACUCUCCAAUCAAUCAAAAUCAGUCAGGUUUGCUGAGCAGCCAAACUAAUGAUGUGCUCCCAAAUGCACCUACAGAGCCCUCUUCAGACACAACCCACAAGGUUUCCCAUCAAAAUGAAGAAAGAGAGGAUGUAGGGUGCAUUACAGCCAAGAGAAAUGGGAAAAGACACAGUCAUAUGUCUUCAUACUCUUCAGAGAGCAAUAACAUGGAGUUUCAACCUCACUUUACGGACGCUGAAGAAUCUUUUACCAGUCUGCUCUUAGAUUCGGCCCCACCUCCCACCCCAAGUCAGCGUGAGAGAGCGCCUGGCACUUACACAGCUUUAGGCUUAAGCAUGCCAGCUAAUGGACCAGAAACCAACAGCUCCACGUCUACCCCAUCCCCCUCAGUGUUGGGCCUGAGUGACUGGGAAACAACCACUACUGCGUCUCCCACAUCAUUUCAGUUCACAUGCAGUGGUCUGAGCAGCCCCUUGGCCACGCCGUCCUCUGGCCCACCUUCAUUGUUCUUACUGGAGAAAGUCAAAGGUGUUGAGUCGGCAGAAGCUCAUUCUGCACGCACAUCACCGUUGUCCUCAGCCAAACGAGUGAACAGCGCUGUAAAAAAAGCAUUGUUCCACUGUGAAGAAACUCAAAUGACUUCAUGUUGUUCUUCACCUACAUCUCCAUCCUUUUCUUUGCACAACUGUGCCUCCUGUCCGUCAUGUGAAUCCUUCCUCCUCCUACCUCAAGAUAGGCAAGAGGGUGAUAAAGAGAUUCUCACAGACAGGAGCCCAUCAAAACUGGAGCACUAUUAUAACCAAAGCCCUGUGAACCAGAACCACCCUGUUGCUUUUGGAAAAGGCAGCUCAUCAUCACAAAACAUUGCCAUGGAAGAGUGGGGAGAAAUUUACUCAAACGAAUUCCUGCUUCCACCACUUCUCUCUCCUGUCACUUCACCUCGAGGGCACUUGUAUACAAGCCCCCUGCCCCAGAGGCAAUGUUGUUCAGAUGAAGAGGAAGAGAUGAACCAUGACACCAGUAAACACAUAAAACUACACGGACAUCACAUGCCACAGAUUGGUGAAGGUGAUCAUCAAAACGGCAGGGACGAACAUGAAGGACACGUAAAUGAAGAAAUGGAGGGAGUCUCAUCAAAAUGUAAUACUGUGAAUGACGAUUUCAGAGAUGGAAGCCAGGAUAACACUGAUUACGAAGAUGAUGUGGAACAGGGUGACAGAUCUUUGUCAGAACCCUGCUCUUCUCCCAGCAGCGACGAUGAAUCCCUUCCGUCUGAAAGAGAAGAAAGAUUAAGUCCAUCUGAAAUGGUGGGCAGUAAGAGGCAUAAAACUGAAGCAGAAGCAGCUGGUGGUACUGACGGCAGCCUUCUUGAUGAGUUCACCGCUUAUGAACGUGAUAUCUUGCUUAUCAAUGUGAUCCACGACCCAGAGCUGUUUGAAAAUCUACCUGAGGAAAGUCUGCAAAAGCUGGGCCCUCCAAGAGUCAGUGACGCCCCUAAAACCAGACCUACUGGAGCAGUGAAAACUCUAUCACAGAGAUGGACACCAGUUAUUGUAGAUUCUCACAGCGACUGUCCUGAAAUCACAGAGGAAAGUAACAGCAGACCCUGGAGACCUCAAUGUAACGGCAACCUUUCCACAACCAUGGGUCAGUUUGAUGCCAACAAUAAUGUAAACUGGAGCCAGGAAUGGAGCCAGCCCUUGCAGACAGUGAACCCCCCACAUAACAUCCCUGCACAUAUGUCCCUAAGAAAUGGGCCAUUGAUCACAAACCCGGCAAACAUGACAGAAUUUAAGCGCAAGAAAUCUACUGCUUACUGCAGACAGUACUUCAGUGAGUCUCUGUCCUGUGGAUUCAAGAUGUGUCGAUUCCAUCAUGUGCCUUUGGACGGGGAUGAGAAGUUCUGUGUUGAAACUGUGAUGCGGUUCAUCAACAAUCCAACGUGUCUCCAGAAAGCAGGAGCUGUAUUUACAGGCUACUACCAGAAAAACCCACCAGGAGCGUUCUUCUCCAUGCCAGUGUUUCUGUCACUCCUCUGGUGUCUGCUCAAAGCCUGCAUGGUGUCUGAUAUCCUCUCAGUCCUUAGUGUCGGCUUGGCUCAUAAGAUAGCGCCUGGCCAUGAGUUCCUUCUGGCCCUGUUUGACAUGGUGAGAGGGAAGGGUCUCAUGGGCUAUCUACCUCAACUCAUGCAGCUCACAUUCAAGAUGGCCAGUAGAGGUCUAGUGCUAAGUUUGGAUUGCCUUGAAAGUGUAAAAAAUACUCCUGAGUUCCAGCAAGCGACCCGUUCGAACUCUCCUGUUUCAGUGACUGCCAACCUCAAUGUUCCCUUUCCAGAGUACCUGAAUCUGGCCCCAUGCAUUGUGGAAAUAGAGCUUUGUACGAAGCAGCAGGACUGGAGGCGGAUGGGAAAGGUGUUCAGGUCCAUCUGCCAAUCCAGCCAUCAUCCCAACCAAGUGGAGCAAAUCAGUGGCCGCAUCGCCAAAGCUCUCCUGUCAGAGAGCAAAGACAAGAUGUCACUGCCCUUCGCUACCUUUGCUGAGACAGUGUGUUCGGGUGAAGGUGACGCCCUGAUCAAGAAUUUUUUAGGCAGAAUUGGAGUCUCGCUCAUGUUAAGAUAUCACAAAACACAUCAAUGGGCCAAGGGUCGGCGGGUGGUGGAGGUGCUGUCCAUGUCAAAAGUCAGCUACUCAAUGCUGAAGGGUUUGUUUGGGAAUGAAGACGGAGCUUCACGCUGCUGCUUGGUCACUGUGGCAACCGAGCUUUUCCUCCUGAGUGGCAUUGUGGAGGGAGCUCUGAACACGCUCCGAGAAAACAAAUGGUUCCUGAGUUCGCCGUCAUGGCCAUGUGAGCCUGCAGAUCUGGACAGUAGGAGGCAUGUGUUGACUCGGCUGGCUGAGAAAACGUCUCAUCGAGACACACUGGAGGUUCUCUGUAAUCUCCCUGGAAUUAAAAUGCCAAAUGACUUGAUUGAUAUCUCUAGGUAUGGUCCUCUGUUUGACUCUCAUCUAAAAGUGUGCAUGGACAGACAAGUCCUUCCUGUAGCCUCAGAUACAGUGGACUUCAUGCUCUCUCACAACCUGGCAGUUGACCAAGCGAUGCUGCAGAUUCUUUUUCACAAACUCGGCAAGCAAAACCUGUGGCUCCGUGCACGGGAAGUCUUCAGACACUGUCUGAGUGUGGGGUACUACCCUGGUGUAUCUGCUCCCCCUGGUUUCACGGCAUUGAUCGUCUCCUGUGGUCUGGGGGAGGUGGAGCUGGCUCUCACCUUUGAGAUGUUCAUCGCUGUCAAUGCAACGGCCGUCCUCCAACUUUCAGAAACCACCACAUCCUGCCUCAGCAUCACUCUCAAACGGACUCAAAGCUGCGAGAGCAAGUACCUCUUAGCUGGUAGCCGCCUCCUCUCUGCAGCUUGUAUCCCUCAGCCCAAGCUGAUUGUUCACUACACAGGAGUGAACCCUUCACAGGAGCAAGUUUUCAAACUUGACAUCUCCUCUGCUCGACGCUGGCUCCGCAACAAUCAUUUGUGGGCCAAUGAUGUGUGGACACAUUGACCCGAACACGGUUGUUUUCCUGCACUCCCUGGAAGCACUUGAUUGAUAUUCUUUGUAUGAAGUUUUAAUAAGAAGUUGUUCUAGUCCAAAAAGUUUGCUUCUGCGGUUUUUCUUCGUAUGGAGGAUAUGCUUGUGAUGUCACUCUAUUUUGCAGUUGCCAUAGUUACACUCACCAGGAGUCAUCAGCGUUGAUGUCCCUGGUGUCAAGGUCCAUGCAUCUAUGUGUCAGCUAAUUUCUGGCCACAUUGGAGUCGACUAAUAUCAUCCGUCACCCCCAGCGGCCUUUUCCUGUUUUUUUAAAGACAUGUGGUUUCCCUCUUCAUGCUACUGCACCUGCUUGUUGGUGUGUGUGUGUGUGUGUGGGGGGUGGGGGGUUGGAGAAGCUUGAUUACUGGCAUAUUGAUCCGAGUUGAAGGGGUUAGGCUUUUCUUUAGAGCGUCCUGCGUUGUCACUGAUUGGCCUAAUGGCCUGAUAAUGCAUGACUUUGAAACCCAAGUCCGACUUGACACAGCACAUUGACUUGCACAUAUCUGAUGAUCUUUGUAUUUAGUUGCUUGAAUUAAUAAUGGUAGAAAAAUAAAUGAUGAUAGCUGCAUUGUCAGGGAGCCAUUCUUUUCUACUCCACAGAAGAAUAAAAAAAUGCAGCAAGUAUUUUACUAAUAUUCACAGCUAUUAGAUAUUUUCGGUUACUGACACACAAACAUUGUUCAGUGUGCAGCUGAUAGCUGAGCUACAUGGCUGCCAUUGACCUACAUUGUCAUUAAUCACAUGUAAUUUCCUGGUAUUUAACCAGCAAAUAAUCGGGUUUAAGUUCUGUAGUAUUCGGGCUAAUGACCCUUCAGUGUCUUAGGUUCAAUGGGAAAAUGUUCUAUGCAGCAACAUGCAAAUCCAUUUUAAUA